UUUCAACGUUUACCAAGCAGAAUCGCCUUUGUCCAAUCCUGACCUCCGAGCCUCUUUUCUUUCUUCCUGCCCCCAACCGGAGUUGUUCCCCUCACCUCCUUUCAUUUUCUCCACGUUCUGCAGUUCCAUCCAACUCCUCGGGUCUUGCGCCACUCUUUUUUUGUCGUCCUUUAUUUUUUUUUCCUGAGGCAAGACGAAGAAAGCCCCCACCCACCCAAGACGAGAUUUCGUCAUCACGCACCGCACCGAACCGGAGUUUAUCGUCGAUUUCAAUCAACAGUCUCCGCCGAUCACUCGCUCUUCUACAGUUUCUGCAUGACUACACCGCACCACCUACUCCCGUAGAUCAUUAUUCGCGUUGCAUAGGUUUUUUUAUUUUCAUUUCGUGAUAACCUAGUUCAGCGGAACGCGACCGCUUGCUGCCAAGGAUGAAACGCGCCUCGUUAGAACUCAGCGAACCCAUGCGUAACAUUGAGGAGUCGAUCGGCUCUCCAGACCCCGACUCAGCCACGGAUGCCGUCGGUGACAGGUCUCUAGCCAUGACCGCUGAAGCCGAUGAACACGACGAUGAAGACCUCGACACAGUAGACGCUCCUCGCACGUAUACACCACCCCCGCACAUUGCCGCCCGAUUCUAUAGGCCCUCCCAGAACAGGCGGAAGGACUCGGCUGCGUCCUCGCGACGCAACUCCAUCUCCUCGGCACACUCGCGCUCUUCCCACGGCUGUAGCCGCCAGGCCGGUCCCCAGAGCAAGCACGUCGCCCAGCACCUCCGCCGCGCCUCGAUCCUCGAGGACCGCAAGGCCCGGCUCGCCGACCGCGCCGCGCACGCCGAAAAGGUGCGGCUGCGGGCGGCCAUGGCCAAGGCGGCAACCAAGGACACUUCGGUAAGCGAGGAGCGCGCGCUCGCCGCACAGUUGACACGCGAACGGAACCUGGCCGAGAUCGCGGCCACGUGCGCGGAGGAGGUCAAGCGGGCCAAGGCCGUGGCCGAGUCGAUGAAGGAGAAGCGGGAGCAGGACCUACAGAAGCUCAAGACGCAGAUCGAGGAGCGCAUGGCUGAGGCGAGCAGGCGCCGUGAGGAGCUGCGGCGCAACGCCGCCAACAAGGCAUCGUCUCCCUCGCGGGCCAGGGGCCAGAGCCAGAGCAUGGGUCCCAACCGGAGGGCUACUAGAGCGCUGCCAGACGUCAAGGAGGAGUCUAAGGAACCAGAACGUCGCAUCCUGACGCCCGAGAUGGCGGCAGGUCAAAUACAGUGGUGGUGGAGGGCGACGAUGAGGCGCAGGAUCGUUUCGCAGUUCCAGGCUCUCGGCCUCACAAUCGACGGCGUCCGCGAGGCGACCUUUGAGCACAUAUCAGCACUCCUUGGGCAGGACUCCGUGCUACUAAUCACGUCCAAGAUCCUCAGGAUUUGUGGUCUGCAGGAAGGCGCCGUCGGGUCGGUCAGCGAGAUGGCGGCAGUCAGGACAUUCCUGAGCGCGUUCCUCAUUCUUGGCCACCCGGCGCAGGUCCUUAGCAACAAGGACGACAAAGGGGAAAAGGAGCAGGAGCUCGUCGGGAAAGCAAGGGAUCUCUUGAUCUGCUUCGAAAAUAUUCUACCACGGCUCACCUCAACGAACCGGCACAUGCCGCCCCCGACGCUGAGCGCCGAGCUCCCAGAGGCAUAUGCGUCCUUCUACAACGCUUUCAUAGCGUGGAAGGCGCGGGAUUCGGGCGCACUGAUCGACGUGAUGCUCAUGCAGUUUGUCGAGCUCGACGCCAUUUGGCAGACGGUCAAGGACAGCACCGACCCCUCAGUGACGGAGUCAUAUCGCCAAAGCAUCCAGGACAACCAGCUCAUGCUCCUGGUCAGGAUCAAGCGGCUCGCUGGGGCCGAGCAGGGCAAGAAGAUGGUACAUCAGGCUGUGCGGAAAGCCAGAAAGGCCAGGGCUGAAAGCAAGCCCGUCGGCGAUACGAAACCUAGAGAGGCCGAUCACACCGUCGAAACUGCCAUGGGCGAUCUUGGAACGGCCGAGGCGGCAGCGCAAACAGAGGAUCCCGCAGCGAGUCCUGUGCCAUCUUCGCCGGCCUCGGGUCUAGGCGAAGUUGUCCAGGUCGAGAUUCGUGUACCAAGGAAUCGUCUUCUGCCAGACAAUCGCGUGCUGACUCACGAGCUGGCGAUUGAUAAGAACUUUCGUCUCUCUGCCGAGGUGUACAAGGAGCAGCGCGCGGCCUUUCUCGCUCCGCUCUUCCAGCAGAUGCGGGACACUAUGGAAGGGGAGGGACAGCAGGAGCACUUCAUCCUGCUAUUAGAGGUGGCCAAGGAGAUUCGCGGCAAGCUACAACGCUUUGUACAGCCGGGCAAGUCCAUGCACACGUUCAUCGGCGAGGUCCUGGACACCGAGGUGGCGUACCAGCAGUUUCAGACCGGUAGCUUUUCCUACGAGAAGUUCUUUAGCACCAUGGGCCAACUCCUGCCAAAACUCUGUGCCCCAGUCCGCGACGACGAGGUCAAGGAUCUUGUGGAGCAGAAGCUGAGAAACGGAAACUACGUCGACCGGCUAGAGGCCCUGAUGGGCUUUGUUGACGUCAUGUCAAGCGACCACGCCAACUAUAUGUUGAGCCUUACUGCGCCGACCAUCCUGCAGCGGUCGGCUGAGUAUGAAGCAAAGGUGUUCGCAGACGCUCUUGAGACGAAGCAGCACGAUCUAUCGGCAGCCAAGGCCGCAUGGCGCGCGACGAGGGGUAAGCUUCUAGCCGAGGCCGCCCGUCGUGACCCCGAGGGCAUCAAUCAUCCGGCCUCCAGGCCGACCCCAGACAAGAUAUAUGCGCAGAUGCUCGUUGAUAUUUUCACGAGACUGGGCCAGCCAGUGGCCCUGGAGGAAAUGCCCGAAAUGCUGAGGCUGGACCAUAGCCGGGUGGUGAGAUGCGGAGCACUGACGAGGCGGAUCGUGACGGCUGGCGCCAUCCUUCUGCAAUGCAAGAACAUACUCAAGCGUGAUGUGCGCAUGCCCUGGCGAGCCGAGGCUGGAAGGCUCAUGACUGUCCUGGAGGCGGCCGACGACAGGAGACUCAGCAGUGACGGCAGCGAGGAUGGAGAUCAGGCUGUCGUGGUGGAUGGCGUCAUGGCUGCACUCGAGGCCGGGCGUUGCAUGCCCGAGGCGACCAAGGCGAACCUCCGGGCACUGGUGGCCAAGAUUACGGCUGCUAGUCGCGACGUUGUCAGCAGCGGCAGCAGCAGCAGAGGAACGGAUCCCACGGAACCCGUCCUCAGGCUUCUUUUGAACCGACUCCGAGGCCAUAUCUUUGCGCGCGUAGCGUCGGCCUCGGCGAGCGAAAAGGUCCGCACGGCCAGCACCGCGGGCGAGAAGCUUGCCGGCCUGGGACUGGCCGAGUUUGUCGACAAGGUCAGAGAGAUGGUUGACGAGAUUGGACGGGUCGGCACAGUCGACCGUGAGGCGCAUUCCGUAUGGUGGGAAGCAGUCGCGGCCGAGGUUGAGAAGGAAGACCAAGCUGCUUCUGCUUCUGCUGCCGCUGCGGCUGCUUCACCUUCGAGCUCUGCGCAAUCUCCUACGAAAGUUUGAACGGGGAUCGGUGGUUGUAGCGAACUUUGUUGUUCUUUCCGCUAGAUUGAUAUUUUUUCAUGGCGCAGCAGGUUUGUUUUGGGUAUACGACGCUACCGGAUGAUACAAGGGGGGGACUCGAGGGUACAGGCGUUCUUAAUUUUCUCUCUCUCUUGUUGUCUCUUCCAGCGGGCAUUAUUGCUAUGUGUUUACUGUUUUUACAUCGACACGGGAUAUGGAUGGGGGUAUGGGCACUGUUAUCGGCGUUCAUCUGGCUUCAAUUUAUUAUCACGCUGCCUCGGCGAGGUUGGCUUUUUUCUCUUGUUUGUUUUUUCUUUGUCACAUAUCCCAUGUGCUAUGACGACUACUCUUUGCACUCAUCUUGAGGACGUGAGCUCUUUCUAUCAUCGAUUGCGUUUGGCUUUUCCCAAGUCAUAGACAGCACAGGAUCGCGAUCGGCCGUUUGCCAUUCCUUUUUUUUCAUCUUCUUUAUCGCCAUGGCGGUCGGGUCUGGUCCCGAGGGGUGAUAAAGUACAUGUUCACGAAUACACCGUAUAGAUUUUUUUUUCUGGGUGCAACUCGUUCAUGAUGCUUUGUGGUGGAUUGCUAGCCGAAACGAGUGUCACCUAUCACCUUGUCGUGGGAGCUGGCUGUCUUUUUUCACAUGAGGCGGAGGGUGCCGAUGGCAACACCAGUACCAAUUCUCUGGACGGACGAUCGCGAAGUCUUGAAUUUAUCACUGUGUUCUGUAACACAAGGCCAGGUCUACGCGGUUUGGAUGACCACAGUAACCCGAUUAUCAAAUCAGCAAGUUGAGGAGCACACAACAUGAGAAAUAUCGGUACGAUGUCUUGGAUCGCGCGACUUGUGUCGGGUAUACAUACGUGUACGGCUUCCACAUAAGCUAUACGAUCUUGCACUGCAAUUUGAGUUAUUUUUUCGUCUCUUUUUCUUUUCUUUCUCUCUCUUGAGAUACGAUCGAGUGGUUAGUCCGUGGGGAUGGAUACCCUGCUCGUUCACGGUACGACACCUAUUUUGGAAGCGAGAUUUUUUCCGAAGCAAUCAUGGGCAUCCUCAUUUUACUCAAAGUAGUGAUACUUGAGCCCCCGCAUGUUAGUGUUCUUUUUUUUUGGCAAGAGAUAGCCGCUCCAUCACUGUCGGUACCUGCAGAUGGCAAGGUCCCGGUUUGUAAACACUUUCAAAUAGAAUAUUCGCAUCGUCAUUCCAAGAGUCCUCCAGGAAGGUCAGUCGGGGGCAGAGAGUGACUGAGAUGGGU